ACACAACACCUUGAGACAACACCUUGAGACAACACCUUGAGACAAAACCUUGAGACAACACCUUGAUACACCUUGAGAAACACCUUGAGAAACACCUUGAGACAACACCUUGAGACAACACCUUGAGACAACACCUUGAGACACCUUGAGAAACACCUUGAGACAACACCUGCGUGUUCCAUGUUUGGUAGUGUUUCAAACACAAACUAUAAAAAAAUAUGAUUGCACUUUUAUGUAUUUUUAGUAAUUGUAAAAAUUAGAGCCAAACCUUAACUACACACUCCGAAACCAUAACAUUGUUAUCAGUGGUAACACGAGACUGCAAUCUUUGGUCCAAUACAUUCUCGGAUAGAUCCAGCUGUAUGAUCAGGAACUCGAGACUUAACCGAACUAAGCCUUUAAAACUUUCAUAUCACAAACUACGCAGCCCAAACCUCGAUCCUGGACAUACACCGUGACCUUAAUACAGCACACACGAUUUACACCUGUCAAUCAUUAUAGUACGCAGUAGCCAACAAGUGUACAACUAACCAUGAUUACCAGUCGAUGGGCUACUAGCGUACUUCUCUGUAUCCAGAUAUAUCUAGUCGCAGGUUACGAGGAUGGCGCCCCAACCAGCACAUGUUUGACGAGGUACCCAAAGCAUGGAGCCUCUGCGCAGACGACAUCAUCGCCUUACACUAUCAAGUUUGAUAAACAAAGUUACAAUCCUAGUGAUCAAAUAAAAGUAACUGUCAGUGGAACCAAAAUCAAAGGAAUUCAAAUGGCAGCAUUUCGAGCAGACGAUCUAAGUGAAGAAGUUCUAGGACAAUUUUCUAACAUGGACGCCAAAUUGAAGGCAUUUACUUGUUUCGGAGAAAUGCCGGACAACAUGAUUACACACAGCCAUGACCACAGUGUCCAGUCUGUGACCGUUACUUGGACAGCACCGAGUGCCAAUGUAGGACACAUUGUGUUUAAAACCACCAUUGUUAGAGACUAUUCUGAGUUUUGGGUAGAUAUUAAAACGCAGUUAAACUCUUCCAAUCCAGCGUCUGCAGUUGGUGUGAAAUAUCCGAAAAUCAGCACCACGAGUUUGGUACAAGACAUUGACUUCUCAGGAUGUGGCAACACCAAAGGCUGUUUCCUGUAUCCGUCUAGCUGCUCGGGGGACGACUGCAUUGCUGCUGCAACGUUUGAGCACCUCCAAUCAGCUGACGAAUAUUCCAUCGAGUUAACUACAAAAUAUGACAGUGUAGACUAUGUUGCUCUGGGACUAUCGGAUGACCGUCACAUGGGUGACGAUGAGACCAUCACUUGUGUUGUCCAAGGCACCAAACUAAAUGUACAGCACAGCUACAACCCUGGUUACUUCAAUGACAGGAAAUUAACAACUUCCUUAUCCAACGUGCAAGUGAAAAACGCUGACGGACGUAUUCAGUGCCGUUUCACGCUGCCCAAGAUCACUGACAUAUAUUUGAUCACUCAAGGAGCCAAAUCAUUUCAAUAUACCAAUACCUCUUUUGACCACGGCAAAACCUACUACCUACAGAUUGCUUGGGGCAGCGUCAUGACAGGUUCGGAUGUCAUCGCUCAACACGAAAUCAUGCCACCAGUUACUUUCGACAAAUUAAGUCUCAGUGAUAAGAGCAUCUUCAGGGGUUCCGCCUAUGGCAUUCUUGUACACGCCCACGUUUCUUUGAUGCUUGUGGCCUGGCUGUUUAUCACUGGGGUCACAACAGUCAGUUCAAGACAUUACAAGAACUGGUUGCCGGAAAAGAAGAUUCUCGGUACCAAAGUUUGGUUCCAGGUGCAUCGUGGGCUUGCCUUCUUGGUCAUUCUUCUAACUGCCCUAGGACUUGUCAUGGUGUUUACGGAGUACGGGGCAGAAAUAAGGGAGGGCUCGAUUCCUCAUUCAAUUCUGGGACUGAUAGUCACUGGUUUCAUUGGCCUUCAAAUCAUAAUGGGCAUGUUAAGGCCUGGUCCUGAUCACAAACGAAGAAUCAUCUUUAACUGGGGUCACAGAGUUCUAGGUCAGCUCACUCACAUCACAGCAGCUGUCACCAUGUUCCUUGGGUUUGGGAUGGACCAGACUGUCCAGGAUAUGAAAACGUUCGGUCUGGCUGUUGUUGCUGUAUGGCUAGUUGGUCAAAUUGUGUGGCAUGUCAUUUUUGAAGUCUUAAGUCGACCAGGUUGGCCCCUCAAUGUCACAGAUGACCAAGGUGACACCGAGAAAAGUAAAAAGAAGAAAUCUUCCAAACUGUUGACCAUUCUGCUCGUGAUCUACACACUAUUUCUGGUGGCUCUCUGCGUGGCAGCCAUGGCAGCAUUUCUCAUUUAUUAAAAACCAGCUACAUUUUGAUAGAAGUUUAAGAUUGAAGGACUUGUUGAAUUAAGUGUUACCGGCUAUUUUUGAAUAGGCCUAUAUGAGAGGUUGACAAAGAUGAUUUUAAAAAAUGUUAAGUUGUUUGCUAUUUUCUCAAAUCUUUGUGAUUUGUACUUUUAUUAGUCUUUGAAAAUAAAUUCACAUAUAUACUGUACAUUUAAUAGUUAAAAGUUAUAACAGUAGAACAGUAUUAUAUCAUUGGAACAUUUUAUAGUUCACGUCCAGAACUAAAUUAUUUAUUCGCUCUAUAGGAGAGUUUCAUACUUGGCAGAAAAACUAGACAUAGCUAUCUUGUUGGUGUAUCGGGUGUACAAAAUUAAGGAAGUGUUAAUAGCUCUGUUUUUUUUUAAAGCUUUAUAAUAUUUUGUGCGUUUUUUUUAAAUCAAAUUUUCUAAGCUCUUACAAAAUAGUUUCAAUAUAGUUUCAAUAUACAGGAAGUAGUAGACUUUCACUUUACGACUUUUCAAAACAAACGAGGACUACAUAGAAGUCCUAAAAAAGAGUUGACACAAAGAUAAACACAUUGAGAUUGAGUGUUACAAUUAGUGCUCGUCUUUUUUUAUUAUCUAGUUGGCAACUGUGACGUUUCAUUGAGCGUCACUGACCCUAAUGAGUUGAUCUCCAACAAUAUCUAUACGUUGUAUAGUAAACAUAGUAAACGUCUGUUAUUACUUAAGUGACCAAACAUUCGACCAGAUUUCUAGACAUUUUGAGUGAAGAUUAAAGUAACGUUUGAUUUGGAUGGUUUUGUUUGUGUUACUGGAGUCUGUGAUGAGCCUGCUUUUACAUUGUACAUGUAUUCAUGAAUCUCUGACACUAGUACAUCGGCGAUAUUAGUCCAAGUCUAAGAAUCACUGAUUUUGGUGGCACUAACUAGGAACUACAUCUAAAUGUUAGCUUUUAAGGCCAUUUCAUUUUGGUUUUCAAUUCCAUGAUUUUUUUGAUAUUGUCAUUUGCUAGUUUACUUUCUCACCGAUUCUGGUAUAUCGAUUAAUUAUUAAUUCAUAGAUUGAAGAUAUGUAUGCGAGCUGAAUAGAUCUAUUUAUGUAUAUCUGUGUGAGUGUUUCUACUCGUUUCCAGAGCACAUCAUCGUUGAAAAAAUAUGUAUAUCAUUUUAAAAUUAUUUUUUCAUAUAAAUGUAAAUGAAUUUCGUUUGUUCAUUAAUGAUAGAUGAAUCUUUUAUAUUUUUAUUACAAACAUCAGAAGUUUUAAAAGUUCUGCAAUUUUUUAACUUCAAUUUAAAUAAUAAACAAAUUUAUUUGCUCUUUUUUUAUAAUAAAGAAUUAUUCUUUUAUCUAUUAUUUAGAUGUAGAUUUGUUAAAUACCAAACACAAUGCUGGACUACUGUCCACAUGACUUAUAAUUUGUAGAUUCUAUUCCUAAUACAUUAACACUUAAGUCUGCAAGAUAUGAUUGCAUUUAGCCUUUUUUUUAUUGACUGUUAUUGCGUCUAUUAUAUUUUUUUGUUUACAUUUUCUAUCUCGACCUCGUUCUAGUUCCUACUGUUCUCAUGAAAUGAAGUCCAUGAUUUGUGAAGAGCUCAUUUUGAACAAUUGUUUUUUUGUUUGCAAACUUUAUAGAACAAAUCAUUUUGAUUCUUUUUUAUGAUCAUUUUUUUAAAAAUAUUUUGUAUGCUUUUCUUUUAAAAUAAAUAAGUGUAACUAGUGCACUUGUAAUACAAUUGUAGUGAUGCCCAUACUGCAUCUGCUGGGGAUUUGAAUGCUAUUUUCUACUUGUAUUUAAACAUAUCUGCAGGAUACGAGAAUAUUGUCAUCAACACCAUGACCAGGGCCGGUCUUAGGCCACUGCAACCUAUGCGGCCGCAGUAGGCCCCGCGCUUUCAUAGGCCCCACGUGAUGCGAAUUCUAGGUUUAAAUUAUUAAAUUAAACCAAUUUAACUAAUUAUGAAAGGGUUCCAGGAAUUCUCCUGAAAUUAUAAAAUAUAAGAAAAAGUCAUGAAAAUGUCAUGAGAUUAUUAUAAUCUUCUGAAAACUGAUGCAAAUCUUAAAACAGACAAAAUAGUCAUUUCGAUGUGUCAUUCAAUAUGGAAAAUGCAAAUCAUACUCGCGAUAAAAAAAAAGGCAUUGUCAGCUUUCAUUUAAUAAAAAUGUGAUAAUAAGCUGAAUUCUAACCAAAUCACGAUCUUCAAAUACUUAAUUUACUUCAAUAGUCACUGGCAUACAAAUAUAGAUCUAAAUCUAUCUCAAACUCUUAUAUAAAAGAACAAAAACAAAAGCGAUAUUUUGCGAAUCGAUAGUAAAUCUAAAAGGCAGAUCUGAAUGUUUAUCGGUUUUUUGUUGAAAAACUACUUUCUAUUGUAGAUGGCUCGUAAAGUUAAUUUGACAAUGAUUUUGCAAUUAGUAAAGUAUGAAUAAAAUGCAAAGACAAAUUUAUUUCCUAAUACAAAAUCUUAAUUUUCACUUAUUAUCCUUAUCACAACCCAAAUUAGGCCCCGCACCAUCCGUUUCGCAUAGGGCCCAGCAACUUGUAGGACCGGCCCUGACCAUGACGGUUGUACAUUGAAAGUGUUGUGCUUUUAUGUCUUUAUAAAUUACGUGUAUAUUAAAAGAACGUGCCAAAUUUUAAUAAAUAAAUGUAAGAAAUAUU